AUGAACCCUGAAAAACAAUGCCAAAUCUGUUCAAAGUCCUCGAAUGGAAUGCAUUUUGGUGCUAUGACCUGUCGCGCCUGCGCCGCGUUUUUCAGACGAGCAGUGGUCCUGAAAUUGGAGUAUACGUGUAAAGAGAAGAAAAUGUGUCACUUGGAAGUUGUUGGAAGAUCCAUUUGCCGCUACUGUAGAUUUGAAAAGUGCAAGGAGAUUGGGAUGGAUCCUGAAAAAGUGGUCCUGGAUUACGAUCCAACGGCAUCUCAAAAAGUUCCAGUUAUGGCGAAAACAUCUGAAAAAUCUGAAAUUUCUGAAAAUCCUACAGUAUCGAAUCCGAUGGCUCAAAAAGAAAAAACCACGAUAAAAAUCGAUUUUUCUGAGACAGUGGAAAAAAUUGAGGAGAUUUUUGAGACAAGACGAGAUUCAGAAACUGAGGACGAGGAAGAGGGCCCAAAAAUUUAUCUGAAUGAUUUACAAAAUUUAACAAAAGGAUUAAAAGAAUUCCGAGAAAAUAUUCGACCGAAAAUUGAAAUUGAGGUGGAUAAAUUGGGAAAAGCGGACAUGAAAAAAGUGUUCUACUGGCUGAAUGUACGAAUUCGAAAGUAUGCGAAAUGGUUCUCCCAUGCUACAUAUUUAAUGGAAAAACUGCCAAUGGACCAGAAAUUCCAGUUAUACCGUACCUCUUGGAAUGUAAUGAGAAUUUUUGAACGUCUUUCAAUGACCUGGAUGCAUUAUGGACAAGAAAUGUUUGAUGGAAAUUUCAUAUUGGUCAGUGAUGAAACUGUAAUGGUGAUUGAUAAGAGCUUGAUACAUUUCGAAGAGAUUUCAGAAUUGACCGAUCGAUAUUUUCAAAGACUUUUCCAUCCAUUUCUGAACAAGUACAUGGAAGAGGUAGCUCGACCGAUGGCUGAACUCGAUUUGACCGAAGAGGAAGUGGUCUUUUGUAUGGUCCACAUUUUGGGAUUCGAUGGUACAGUAGCCCAGAACUACAAAAAAUCAAUAAUCAAUUUUCAAGUUUUAGUGACCGAUUUGGCACCGGAAACGCUGGAAAUUUUGCACAAAUUCAAAGAAAUCAUUGCUGACCAAAUGCACAAUUAUUAUAUAAAUUCAACAAAUCACAAAGUGUAUUCACAUCGGAUACUGAAAUUGAUGAAGUUGGUCAAAACGAUUACGACAAUCGCAAGGGAGAAGGCAAAAAUCAAAGAAGUGAUUUGGAUUUUCGACAUCUACAAAGCCGAAAUAUCGGAUCCAUAUUUUUUUCAAAUGUUUUAA